AAUGGAGCUGCUUACCCGCGGACGCGGUAGUGCAGUGUCAGUCUUUUCUGACGUGAUGCGUUUCAAUUUUUUUACCAUUGAGAAAAUCCAACAGUAGCUUAUAAAUAGACAGUUGAAAAAAUGCCCGCCUUUCUCUCUUUCAUUCAUCUCUCCAAACACUACUCUCUCUCCGAUCCAGAAACAGAAACAGAAUCGCAAUUGAAGUCUCAUUUCUCUCUUUCUCUAUUUCCAAAACCCUAAUCUCAGAUCUAUACUAUGGACCUCUAUAUUCUUUCACUUUAGACUACUGCUUCUCUCUCAUCCUAAGGUACUUUAUUGGUGAAGAGGAGUUUGAUUGAUUUGAAUUGAAUUAUGGCAUCUCCUAUGCCUAGAGAGCCACCUACUAGGCCUGGUUAUAAUAAUAAUACCAAUAAUGAACAAACACCACCACCACCGCUACCUCCUAAUUACAUUCUCAAUGCUAAUUCUUUAGCUGAAUAUGUGCAUAGUUUGAAUUUGAAUCAACCUACUGCCAUGCCUAAUUCCGGUCCUAGUUGUCCACCUUUUGUUCAACUGCCGCCUUUUCCACAAACUGGAGCCGCACCUAUUGCUUCCCAUCCAAUGUCUCGCCCUGGCCCUCCACCUGGUGCAUUGGCAAGACCUGCAGUGCUUCCCUCACCAUCCCCACCAUCACCUACAUUGCCUCCGAAUGUUGCUCCUGGAAGGCCUGCUGGUCCUACUGUUGUUAAUCUGCCACCUUCUACUUCUGGAUCUAGGUUGCCACCUCCAGGGUCUUUGUCCAUGGGUGGUCCAGCCAUUGCUCCUCCUCCUGGGUCAUCACCUUCUGCUUUGUCUACUGGUCUGACUGCUGUGCCACCACCAGGUGCUCGUCCAAGUCCUUUUGCUUCAUCUCCACCUUUUAGUGUUCGUCCAGCUGUCGCUCCUUCUAUUCAUCCAAAGAGUAAUGGACCGCCAUUCGCUUCUGGACCCAGAUUUCCUCCAGCUGGUAAUGCCACACAGCCAGUCAUGGGACCUCAGCUGCCAACAGGUUUAGCUCGUGGUCCUCCUCAGCCUCCAAGUAUGGGAUCUUUUCUAGGAAGUACUGCUGUUGGUGUUCCACCAGCACUUUCUAUGCAACCACUAUCCCAGUUUACUGCUGGAUCCCUGGAGUUUUCAUCUCCUCCAGGCCCUCCCUCAGGAGCACAGUCAUGGACAAUACAACCCCAACUGGUUGCUCCAACUCCACAGGUGCCUGGUUCUGUGCAGCCACCUGGAAUGUUUGGAAUGGCUCCACCACUGCCACAUCAAUCUAUGACUACCAUAUCACCUGCAAUGGGUCAAACUGGAUCCUCUCUGGCAGGGCCAUCAAAGAUUGAUCCCAGUCAAAUUCCAAGACCCAUUCCAAGUUCCACAAUUAUAGUGCAUGAAACACGUCAAGGAAAUCAGGCUAACCCUCCUCCGCCUGCUACAAGUGAGUAUAUGGUCAGAGACACUGGUAAUUGCAGUCCACGAUACAUGAGGUGUACCAUCAAUCAGAUCCCUUGCACUGUUGACCUUUUGAACACGUCGGGUAUGCAAUUGGCUUUGUUGGUCCAACCUUUGGCUCUUCUUCCUCCAUCUGAGGAGCCCAUCCAAGUUGUGGACUUUGGGGAAAGUGGUCCGGUUCGGUGUUCACGUUGCAAAGGUUACAUAAAUCCUUUCAUGAGGUUCAUUGAUCAGGGAAGGCGGUUUAUCUGCAAUUUAUGUGGGUUUACCGAUGAGACUCCCCGUGACUAUCACUGCAAUCUAGGUCCAGAUGGUAGGCGUAGAGAUGCUGAUGAAAGGCCUGAAUUAUGUCGAGGAGCAGUUGAAUUUGUUGCUACCAAGGAAUACAUGGUGCGUGAACCAAUGCCAGCUGUGUAUUUUUUCCUCAUCGAUGUAUCCAUAAAUGCCAUUCAGACUGGCGCAGUAGCUGCAGCUUGCAUUGCAAUCAGUCGAGUUAUUUCUGAUCUUCCAGAAGGUCCUCGGACAAUGGUGGGGAUUGCAACAUUUGACUCAACAAUCCAUUUUUACAAUUUAAAACGUGCAUUACAGCAGCCAUUGAUGCUCAUUGUACCUGAUAUUGAAGAUGUUUACACCCCUCUACAUAGUGAUGUAAUUGUUCAGCUUUCUGAGUGUCGCCAACAUUUGGAAAUAUUGCUAGAAACCAUCCCAUCCAUGUUUCAGAGUAAUAAAACUUCUGAUUCAGCCUUUGGUGCAGCAAUCAAGGCAGCUUUCUUGGCAAUGAAGAGUACUGGAGGGAAGCUUCUGGUAUUUCAGUCAGUCUUGCCAUCCCUUGGCAUUGGAUCCCUUUCCUCUAGGGAGGCUGAAGGGAGAACCAACAUCUCAUCAGGGGAGAAGGAGGCCCACACAUUGUUGCAACCAGCAGAUAAAACUUUUAAAACUAUGGCAAUAGAGCUUGCUGAGUCUCAGGUUUGUGUUGAUGUCUUCCUCACAACUCAAACUUAUGUGGACAUUACUUCCAUCUCUGUCAUUCCAAGAACUACUGGUGGGCAGGUUUAUUACUAUUACCCCUUUUCAGCUCUUUCUGAUCCUGCCAAGCUUUACAAUGAUCUCAGAUGGAAUAUCACCAGGUCACAAGGUUUUGAGGCUGUCAUGCGUGUAAGAUGCAGUCAGGGUAUUCAAGUACAAGAGUACUCUGGAAACUUCUGCAAACGCGUUCCAACUGACAUUGACCUACCUGGGAUUGACUGUGACAAAACCAUAAUGAUAACUUUGAAGCAUGACGAUAAAUUGCAGGAUGGCUCAGAAUGUGCUUUUCAGUGUGCCCUUCUUUACACCACUGUUUAUGGCCAGAGAAGAAUUCGUGUCAUAACUUUGUCAUUGCCAUGUACGAACAUGCUCAGUAAUUUGUUUCGUACAGCUGAUUUGGAUACCCAAUUUGCAUGUUUGUUGAAGCAAGUGGCAAGUAGAAUUCGUUCCAGCCCAGUAGUAAUUGUCAGGGAGCAAGUGACGGAGCUGUGCAUCAACAUUCUGCUUUCAUAUCGUAAAUUUUGUGCCACUGUAUCAUCAACUGGACAACUUAUUCUUCCGGAGGCACUUAAGCUGUUGCCUUUAUAUAACCUUGAACAUGUACACUUCUCUUGAUGGAAUUGUGAUUAGUCAUGCUUAGAUCACGUAAGACGUUUUUAUAGUAGUUUUCAUCUGUAUAACUUGAGUUUUAGAUUGCUUUACAUGUAGAGACACAGAUUGAAACUAUGUUAAAGAGUACAUUCUACAUAAAACAGAUUAUGAUAUUCAUGAAAUUAUGAUGGGCAUAAACUUUAUGACUGUAGUUUAUAAUAGUGCCAAGUCUCAUAGAGGUCCUUGCUAGCUUGAUUAAUCUAUUUGGUUAGGCCUUAUCAGUGCUGGUAGCCUUCUUUCUCUGUUUCAUUCUUUCUUCUCCUUUGCAUGGAGGACAUGUCUAAAAUACAUAUGCCCUAAUAUACUUGUGAACAAUUUUCCUUUUUCAGUGGAACCUAGAAUAGUUAUCUAUAUUACAUUGUUUACUUGGACAAGAUACCACAGGAUGUUAAAAGCUUUGUUAAGAGAGAAAUUUUAAGAGGGAUGUACCUAGACUUAAUGAUACAAAAAACAAAGUGAUGUAAUUAAUAAGGGAAUGCUUUCCAAUCAUAUUGAAUAGCAAAGACACUCCUGAAGGGAAGGCUCACAAAUAACCUAAGACACCAACUUUAUUCCAUCGUGGUUUGAAAGAAAGGAAUGGUGCCUUAAAAAGUGUAUUAUUUCUCUCUAUCCAUAAUACUGCAAGAAGGCUGAAUUUUACCAGACUUUUCAUCCAUUGUACUGCCUAAAUCUCUCCAUCUCAGACCCCUUUUAUUUUUUAUUUUUUUUUUCUUUUGUCAUCCUUGUAUAUUGAAAGUUAAUCUGGCUUUAGUAAAAGGUUUUUUGAACUUUGAUCCUUAGAUGCGGUGCUUGUGUGAAUGAUACUUGUAUCUUCAACAUUUCAGUUUACUUUCAUGGCUGACUUUCAUUAUAAUAAUUUAAGGUGGUAGAAUGGUAGUGUAACAAUUAAUUCUUUACAUUUUAUCUUUAAUUGAAAUGUGUAAACUGGACAUUUGCUACCACUGAUAUUGGAUAAGUUGUUUGUGACAGCCACUUUAAUUUCUGUAAUUUUCAUUUUAUUAGUCUUAUUUUUCUGUUUUUAAGUGAUUUUAUCGUGAUAACAAAUAACAGCAUCCGUUGUCCUAGUAAUAUUUUGCAGCAAGUGUGCUGGUCAGCUUCUGAAGAAGGGAAAUAC